AUGUGGGCGGCACACGCCAGAUCCAAGUUUUACUCUGUCGGAAACACUAAUCGUCUGGAGGCAACCUGGAAGCACAUGAAGACGAUGAUGAAUUUGAAUUCGACUUUCGACAAGUGUCUAUCCGCUAUUUUGCUGUACCAAGUUCAAGUGCUGCGUGCGCUAAAGUGGGACCUCAUUUUGGUUGACUCUAAAAGCCACUUCUACCCAAACGACCCUCACGCACUCCAACACGUGAGUAGCGUACUCAGUUCGUAUGCAUACGGUCUUGUCCGCGAUCAGUACCAGUUGUUCGGCACCAGUUGUUCGUCCGCGAAGGCAGUACCUACUCGAUUGUUGGAGAGCGAAUGGAGUAUAGCGUUAUAG